CUGACAAAAUGUGCUCCUUUGAACAUCUUCAAGCAGAAUAGUUCGCUCGGUGUCAUAGGCAAUCGAAUCGCAAGUUAUUGGCAAAUUGGCAAACAAUGAGGAUGGCUCUCAGGCGACAGCGUACGAGGAAGUCUGCAGUGAGCGCGGGCGUCCAGAUUGAAAUGGAACAAGAGGCAGCUUCGCUCCGCUACGCGAUUAAUGUUCUCUCGGAGACUAUUUGCGUGACUGCUGUAUUCGUGGCUGGUGUCUUCGUGGUUGGACUCCACUUGGCUACCAGUUGCAGCAUUCCUAUGGUAA